AAGAAAACGCACCCAUGGGGUACGUAACCAAGAGUUAUUUUGUCUAUGCCAAGUGUCAUGUCAUAUCAAAAACAUUUUCCUUCUACUAUUUUGUUGUUCAACAAAGUUAUUUAGAAUGUUCCUUGCUGUAUAUUAUUAUGGAAAGUCACCAACCCGAACAUGACAAAAACGGGUUACCUGACACGUUUUGGAAGACCCCACAGCGCGUACCGGGCAGGCCCCAGCGGGGAGUGGAGGUUAUGUCUGGGUCUUCUUACCAGCAGUUCCAGGCGUCGGUGAACGACGCCUGGGACCUGGGGGACGACGAGAUCAUAUCAGGGAUCGCGGAGACCAAGAUAUCGAAAGCCAUAUCGCAAACCGCCGCUUUGAACGUUAUAAAUUCGCAUAGGAAUAGUACUAAGAAUGUAAAGACAGUGAAGACUGAAGUGGAAGGUGAAAAGGAGAAGAAGGAGGAUGCGGUGCCAGUGAGGAGGAGUGAGGGGCGGAGGAGCGGGCCUGGGGGCAGCGCGGGGCCGCUCAGGCACUAUCCUGGGCGGCCGCGGGCGGUGCGGCUCUCGGCGCUCACGUCAAGAGAGGAGAGCAGUGAAUCUAAGCUGGAGCGAUUCCAGCAGCUGCAUGAUAGUGCUGUUAUUAACUUGGAUGAGCUGAAGCAGCUUAGCUGGUCUGGGAUUCCAGUUAAGGCUCGUGCAAACACAUGGCGCCUGCUAGCCGGCUACCUUCCCGCCAACACAGAGCGUCGCACCGAGACUUUAGAGCGCAAGCGAGCGGACUACAAGCAUCUAGUGAGACAGUACUACGAUGCAGAGAGAGACGACGAUACUUACAGGCAGAUACACAUCGAUAUACCGCGGAUGAGCCCGCUGGUUGCACUCUUUCAACAACAUACUGUACAAGUGAUGUUCGAACGCAUCCUCUACAUCUGGGCGAUCCGGCACCCCGCCUCGGGCUACGUGCAGGGCAUCAACGACCUGGUGACGCCCUUCUUCAUGGUGUUCCUCCAGGAGGCCAUACCUGGCGAAGAGCUGGAUAACUAUCCUCUGGAUAAGCUGGAGGAAGCUCAGCGGGAUGUCAUAGAAGCUGAUUCAUUUUGGUGCCUGUCCAAGUUUCUGGACAGUAUACAGGAUAAUUAUAUAUUUGCGCAGCUUGGGAUUCAAUAUAAAGUGAACCAGCUGAAGGACCUGAUCCGCCGCAUCGACCUGCCGCUCCAUACGCACCUCCAGAACCACGGCGUCGACUACCUCCAGUUCUCCUUCCGCUGGAUGAACAACCUCCUCACCAGGGAGAUACCUCUCCCCUGCACCAUUCGGCUGUGGGACACUUACUUAGCUGAGUCAGACGGUUUUGCUACCUUCCAGCUGUACGUGUGUGCAGCCUUCCUCCUCCACUGGCGCGAGCGGCUCAUGCUCGAGCGCGACUUCCAAGGCCUCAUGAUCCUCCUGCAGAACGUGCCCACGCAGAACUGGACGGACUCCAACAUCAGCGUGCUGGUGGCGGAGGCCUACAGGCUCAAGUUCGCCUUCGCCGACGCCCCGAACCAUCUCAACGCGGGCAAGUCGGACAGGUGACGGGGCGUUGUUGUCGGUUGAGCUCCUCCUGCAGAACGUGUCCACGCAGAACUGGACGGACUCCAACAUCAGUGUGCUGGUGGCGGAGGCCUACCGGCUCAAGUUCGCCUUCGCCGACGCCCCGAACCAUCUCAACGCGGGCAAGUCGGACAGGUGACGGGGCGUUUUUGUCGGUUGAGCUCCUCCUGCAGAACGUGCCCACGCAGAACUGGACGGACUCCAACAUCAGCGUGCUGGUGGCGGAGGCCUACAGGCUCAAGUUCGCCUUCGCUGACGCCCAAAACCAUCUCAACGCGGGCAAGUCGGACAGGUGACGGGGCGUUGUUGUCGGUUGAGCUCAUCAUGAUCCUCCUGCAGAACGUGCCCACCCAGAACUGGACGGACUCCAACAUCAGCGUGCUGGUGGCGGAGGCCUACAGGCUCAAGUUCGCCUUCGCCGACGCCCCGAACCAUCUCAACGCGGGCAAGUCGGACAGGUGACGGGACGUUGUUGUCGGUUGAGCUCAUAGUUUUUGCGUUGCAACAUUUGUGUCACUUAUAAUAGUUAUAGUCUGUCGAUUCGUAGCAGGCCCCGAACUGCUAAUCCUUUGUCUAUUAAGUAAAACCGCACGUGCUGCUUACCUGCAAAAAAGGGUCUUAAUUAUUCUAUUUGGCACCUGAGCGCGGGCUAGUCUAACGCUCAAAAAACCAGUGUAGGUGCGCUCUCCGAUAACGCGCCUUUGUUACGCAUCUCGAUGAUACAUUUUAGACUGGUUCGACUCGCCAGCACUCAGUAACCGUAGAGAAUUACACGACCCUUUUUUUACAGGUAGAGGCACGUGCGGUUUUACUUAACAAUAGACAAAGGAUUAGCGGCUCGGGGCCAGAUACAAAUCUACAGACUAUAACCUCAAACUCUGAUAAAUCCACUCGAUGCUAUCAGCAAAUAUCUACCCUAUUACCUUUUCUUAACCCGUCGAACAACCGUCAUAAAACAAAUUCUAGCAAUUUGUUUCAUAUUGAUCUGUAUUCUGCAGUAACACACGUCUGAUCAGUAUGACUCAGUAGUCGCUAAGACCAAAAUUGAGUUAGUAUCACACGUGUGAAUGUGUGAUACUAGGGCGCUCCACGGGUUAAUACCUAAAUAGCAAUCUGCCAGAUGGAGUUAUCCGAGUUUGAAGUUAAGCGACUCAUUUUAUGAUAUUGUAAACUUUGGAUUGUGAUAGGACCACACAAAACAAACUGCUUCCCACGACAAUUUUCUUGCGAACUGCUCCUUAAUUACAUUAAGGUGCAGUUAGUUCAGAAUCUAUAAGUGUUAGGUUAGACCUCAAGAUUGCUAUUCAUAUUUUUUGACAACCAUUUCAUAAUCUAAAAAAAACACUACAAAUUUUCAGAAACUCUGCUGGCUCUGAGUUCAUCACUGCACCUAAAUAUUUAUAACAGAGCAAUGGACCCUAUAAAAUAUUCAUCGAUCAUUGAUAUAGUAUACUCUGUCAAGCCAUUUCCGUCAGUAGAAAGAGCGGCAAAUUAAAAAAAUGUAAGCGCGAAGCGAAGGGUUAUAUAUACUGACUAACUUGCUUGACCGGCUAUAUAUAUCUACUCCCAAACUUUAGUUAUCGCGAACGCCAAGAACUAUUAUAUAUGUCAUAUAAACCAGUUAAAGUAAUAUAUGUAGCUUUAAAUUAAUGUAUGUGAAUAUUUGCAACUGCCGAUUUUGUAUAAAAACUAUCCAAAAAGGUUUACAGUUUCAGAAAGUUGCAUGUUGUCAAAUAAAACACUUUUCAAAUGUUUGUAAAUCAUAACCAAAUAGAAGUACCCACACACAAGCAGCAAAAAUAACUACGCAGGCAAAGUGCUUAUAAUCGGUACGAAA